AGUACGCGACGAAGUUCUCGCAACUCUGGCAGAUUUCAGAAGGAAACAAGCACAUCUUCUGAAUCCUGAUGCUUGAAGAAAUUCACUGACAUAACCCCGGAUCACUGCGGAUGAAUUCUGGGCUCAGUUUGUGAGGAUUAUCUAAAAAAGAAAAUAUCGUUAUUUCAGAUCAUGUUUUGGAAGACCCGGUACUUGCUGUUGGUCGCCGCGCUUCAUCUUGCGAACAAGGUACGCGCUUUGCCCUACGCCCCUGAUGAUCAAGGACGAUGCUGGAAUAAUGGAACCUACCUCAACAAGGAGCAGAUGCUCUGCUGCAGUCUGUGUGCCCCAGGGUUUCACCUGAAGGAGAGGUGCACGCCAACCAAAGACACGGUCUGCGCAGAAUGCAGGAAGGGUGUCUAUUCGGAGAAUUGGAAUUACUUCCACCAGUGCUUCAAGUGCUCGUCCUGUAGGGAAGAUAAAGGCAUGGAGUUCGUGCAGAGCUGCACCACCUCAGCCGACGCCAAGUGUGCGUGUAAGGAGGGCAUGUUCUGCUCAUACAAACUCAACAACAAGUGCAGGGACUGUAGCCGAUUCACCACCUGCCCACCUGGUCAAGGAGUAUCCAUGCAAGGAACAGCUGACUCGGAUGUGAGGUGUUCACCCUGCACUGCAGGAACCUUCUCUGACAAAAAGUCAUAUACCGAGCCCUGCCGACCGCAUACCAACUGUGAAUUUCAAGGGAGGAACACUCUUCGGCCUGGCAACGCCACAUCCGACACAGUGUGUGGGCAAAUCGUGAGGCUUCCCUUCAUCACCACCACCACUACCACCACUACCCCCACCCCUACCCCCACAUCAAUCCCAUCCAAAGCCAUUGGCCGUGCUGUGGAGCCCGUACCCAACACCACGAACUCAGGCACAGUGACUUCCAAUGGAAACAGAAAGCCUGAGGACAAUACUCACUUGAUUGCUACGGUUUUGGGUUUUGGUGCUGGAGCGGUGCUUUUGAUAGUUCUCAUGAUCUGCAUCCACAUCUGCAUCCGAAACCAUAGAGGUGACACAAACAACAACAUUGAUAAGGAAGCCAACAAGACUUUGCAAGGCUCCUCGAUGUCCUGUCAGCGCAAUUCCUCCAGCAGCCGCCCGCCGGAGCAGCAGUGCCUCCUGGGAGAAAAGGACUCCAGCAGCACCUCCAUCUCCACCACAUCCAGCAAGACAGAGUCUAUGGUCUGCUGUCGUAGCGGCUACGGCGGACAGGAAGGGAGUGGGGGUGUAUACCAGAGGCAAGACAGCCCCCAGAUGAGCAGCCCCACCGUUACCGUUAAUAUCAACGCCACGAUAAACUGCCACCUGCCCACAGGCACCCGCUUCUGCUCAGUCCCCACCAGCCCCGCCACUGACUCCGCUCCCUCUGACUGUAACCUCCCCCUCUCCACGGAGGAGGAGCGCUCGGACUUGUUGAAGGUCGGGGAGGCGAAGGACGCCCGGCCGGCCGUGCAGGAGAGCGGAAAGGUGGUGUGCUGAGGGAGGAGAAAGACCCGGGGGUGGGGACCACACCGGUCCGGUGUCAGCGAAUCAGGAGGGGAGCCGCUUGUCCGAGAUCAAGCGCCGUUACUGAGCAGGGACCAACUCCCUGAAAAGGACAGCAAUGACUGGAUCACAUUGGUCCUGCCUGUUGCAGCAGUGAUUAUAUCUGGUGUACAGGUAUCGCCGUUGACUUUGGUUCCGCGGUCAGCCGAAGUUUGAAGCCGUCCUGGUGCAAGGAGGUGACCGGGUUCCUCAGGCAGAGCUCAGUGAUGUGUGCACCAGUUCAGCGUCUGUUCAUGGAACCUCUGCCGUGUCUGUGUGCCUCCAUCACUCCCCAUGGCUGUAGACAUGGGUGCCGGAACAGCGCCCUCUCCAGGCCUGGCUGAAUCUCAACCUUGACCCUUACAGACACCAACAAUCCCCUCUUUAGUGGGGAGCUACGUUUAUGCCUCAACUGACCACUAGUGGGCAGCACUGAUCCGGAAUGACUUACUUGGUUACAGGUUGUUUCUUGCACAUCUCCCAGACCGAAGUCCGUCCACCACCGCACCAGAAUUGGGCGCAGCUCAACUGAUUUUUGGAUGGGGACCAUGGUCUGGACUUUGAGGCGACUGAGGGGAUUACAGCCCCUGGCAGGGUAGGAUUCGGUGAAUGACACAGCAGAAAUCGCUCCUGGCUGGGUGAUCAUGCAGAGGGUAAAGCAUUGCAUGGUGGCAGCGGGGGUGACAUCGAUGACACCACUCAGCAGGAGUGAGGAGUGGCUGUUUGUUUUUUCCUCUCACAUCCCUGUGACCUCUACCACACACAUCUUCAAGUCGUCAUUCCGAGAGCCUCCCGCCAGCUGCUGCCCGUUCUGAUAAGCGGCUGCGUACUGUCUGUGUGAUGUUGUACUCGAGAAGUCAAGUCAGUCCAGGAAACCAUGACUGAGUGAAACCACGAAAAGGGCAUUUUUUUCUCAUGUCUGGAGGUAUUCCUCUGCUGACAGAUAAGAGCCAGAGUGCUUUCUGAGCAAGUACACGAACCUGUGACAAACCUUACCGACCAGUUUCUGAUACGUUGGACAAAGUUACUGCUAUCAACAUACUGUAUGGUUAUAUUUGUGCGGUCAUCAUAUGCUUCUGUGAACGUUGUCUGAAUGAGAUCUGAACGUCAUCUUUAGAGUGCACAUUUUUCUUUUGUCUUCUGUUUGGCGUGACUGUUUCUGACAGACAUCCACCCUGAUAUGCGGAGAGAACAGGCUUUUUUUUCUGUUGAAGGAAGUGUGACACACAUCUACAAGCCCAGUUGGUGGAAAAUGAUUCUGAGGUUUAGGUUUAGUCAUCAAUAACAAUAUGUGAGGAGAGCUGUUUUGUCUGCAGGCUUGUUGAAAGAAGUGUGAACAAUGACUAAUGUAAUCCUACAUCCAAGUCCUUCUGUAGCUUCAAAAUCUACCUCACAAGGUCUGUGCUGAA